AUGCCGUUUGGUGAGAUGACGAUUACUCUAGAUGACGUAUCUUGCCUGCUUCACUUGCCCAUCAGGGGAGUCUUCUGGAGCCCUCAAGAUAUCAGUGAAGCGCUUGUUGUUGAGUGGGUUGUUGAUUAUUUAGGAGUGUCACAGAGAGUAGCACAACAACAAGUCCGUGACUGCAGGGGUUCCUACUAUAAGCUGGAGUGGUUAUAUGAUCAGUUCGUAGAGCAUAGAGCUGCAUCUAGAUGGCAUUAUGCCACUAGAGCUUAUUUGCUGAUGUUAGUCGAUUCCACUAUUUUCGCGGACAAGACGUUUACGCUUGUCGAGGCACGAUACCUCUCACCGUUUAUAGACUUGGAUGGCUUAUCAGGAUACAGUUGGGGAGCAACUGCGUUGGUUACUCUUUACAGAUAUCUCGGAGAUGCUUCCAUGUUCAGCUGUAAGCAGCUUGGUGGUUAUCCGACUUUCUUACAGUUCUGGAUUCAUGAGUAUUUUCCAACACUUGGAAAAAAGGAGAGAAUCGGAUACCAGCUAAUAAUGUGGGUCUCCCUCGAGCGAUGA